AUAAUUGAUGCUUCUUUUUCAAGAAACCAAACAAAUUUUCUCUCUUUAUAACCUGUCAUCACCAUUCAUUGCCGAUAAGAAGAAGAUAACUGGAGAGAGAGAGAUGGGUCGUGUUCACUUCGAAUCAGUAGAUCAACGGACACUUUCUGUCCAAGAGAAACCAAACGACAAAACAUCUAACACAGUCUUGCAAGAACACGAGGAGCAAGGAGGAAUCCAAGAAGCUUGGUCCGAGAUCAAGAACCGCGGUGAAAACGUCGGAGGUUACUUAGCCGGCGAGAGUAGACACAAGCUUGAGAAGAAGAAGAGCCAAGUGUUGCUGGAAGGUUACGUGGAGGCUCAAGAAAAUCUGACGAGAGGCAAGAGCUUGACGGAUGACGAUCUCGAGGAGCUAAAAGGUUGUUUAGACCUAGGGUUUGGGUUUAGCUACGACGAGAUCCCUGAGCUCUGCAACACUUUGCCUGCUUUAGAGCUAUGUUACUCCAUGUCCCAGAAGUUCUUAGAUGAUAAGCUAAACCACCAAGAGGACUCUCCGCGGCCGCCACCGACCACGACCAGUCCAGUUGCGAACUGGAAGAUCUCUAGCCCUGGUAAUGAAUCUCUCGAGGUGAUAAUCCGGAUGAUGUGAAAGCUAGACUCAAGUACUGGGCACAAACCGUAGCUUGCACUGUCCGUUUGUGUAGCUAAAUAAGAAUCAUCAUCAUCUUGUCUGAACAUAUUUGGUUGAACCAGAAACAUCUACUGAUCAGACUUUUCUUUGCAUGAAUGAAGUCUCUGCCAUUGUUAGCUGAGAAUUGACUUGCAAUGUGUCCAUGGAGAAACUGGUUUGGCUUUACUUUUUAACUCUGUGUCUAUGUUGUAACAUCCUUAGCCUAAUGUUUGUAACAAAAUUGGAUAAUAAAUGUGUCACUUAAAUAAAACUUUCAAAUUAUCACCCUGAA